UGCUCUAACGCGUUUAGAUUAAAUGCAGUAUUAUAAAUUAUUAUGGUAGGAAAUAGUUAGGUUGUGCCGGUGUUAAAGGAGGAGGCAAUAAUGUGUACGUAGACAACCUGAGAGGCUGUACUCGGGGCAUCUAUCUUCUCUGUAUACGCACGGAUCAAGGAGGAAAUAACCAACUGUUUCCAAGAUAUCAUCAAAUAGUUAGCUAGCUUUCGUUUACGGGUUUAUUGUUGGUUACAUUUUUCUGCACCAGUGUAUUCGCUAAAAAACGGUAACCUCACAACGACAGUCCUCGUUUUGCUCCGAUCGGGCGGCACGUUAGCUUCUCGGCUCGGUAGCUAUUCCGUGAAGAGCGUAUAAAGUUAGUUAGGUUAGCUAAAUUAGCGCUACGUGGUGGUUGCUAACGGGGUAUUUAAUGUUGAGCUAAGCGACUAGCCAGAGGCAACACGGUAAACAUCGUCCAACUUUUUCGAGGUGGUUUCGAGAUGCUUGUUGACUAACGUUGGCGAGGAGUCUCCUUGUUAAUCCAGGCCAUCGUUGUCAGCUAACGUUAGCUACCAGCCUGGAGGCACUGGGUUACUGUUAAGCCAUGGCAGAUGAAAAUACACAGUUCUGUGGCAAUUGCAAACAUGACAUUCCAGAGGCUAAUUUUACUACCCAUGAGAUCCACUGCAGAAGAAACAUCGCACUGUGUGAUGUUUGCCAGGAGCCAGUGCCCCGAUCAGAUCUGCAGGAGCACAAACAGCAGGAGCAUAUUCAGAUUACAUGCAAGUGUGGUUUGAAGAUUGAGAAGAAGCAUAUUGAUGUUCACCAGAGCUCUGAAUGUUCUCAGCGGCUGGUCCCGUGCCAAUACUGUGAACUGGAGAUUGUUUUCAGUCAGUCCAAAGAGCAUGAGGAUUAUUGCGGCACACGCACUGAACCCUGCGCACACUGCAAGUGCAAUGUAAUGUUGAGGGAACAAGCUGUGCAUCCGGUCUUAUGCGGAAGCCUCACACCUCCCCAAGAGAGGAACAACAGCCGGACUAGUCGCAGUCCAGGGGAACCACAGCCUCCGGGGGCAUGGUUGGAAGCCCACUCCAUCCGAAACCUCCUCAGAGAACAAGAGAGAGGCCCAAAAAAUAACAACAUAAGUGCAGCAGAACAACAGGCCUUUCCCCGGCCAUUUGAUUCCAGGGUAUAUAACACAUCAAGGGGAUCUCAAGGCGACUGGAAGAAUACUGCCUCAAGAAAUACAUUUAGUGACUUGCUGGGGCAGAGUGAUUUCCUGAAUAGUGGCAGCAGCAGUGCGUGGCCACACAGUGAGCUCAGACUGGAUGAGGAUUCAUCAGGGCUGGACUACAUGUUAGCUCUCAGCCUGCAGAGUGAUGGAGAACCAGUGGCUGGAGGCGUAGAGGGAAACCUGUGGAGUGGUAUCUGGGACCAUAAGAUUGGGAAGACGUCUAACACCUAUACAAACUCUCCACUCUAUCCACCCAACAACAACUACCCAACCUUCUCCACAGGCACAAGCACAAGUGCAGUCCAGGAACAUGAUCAAGCAGAUACCAUGCUGCCUUGUGAGUUUUGCGAAGAGCUGUUUCCUGAAGAGGACCUUAUUUUGCAUCAGACUGGCUGCAGCCCUGCCUCCGCCUUUGCGUCUUACAGCAAGCAGCCCUUGUCUCCACCUAAAGAGGACAGGAUGGGCAGAAACCCCUCAGGGCUGAUGCACAGCCUCCCCGACACACUCGCUUCAAACAUCCCCACUUUCCCUCGGUCAGUGUCCCCGGCUUCCUACAGUCCUCCAGCCAGUCCACUAGAGGGCGACGUGGUCAUUCCAUGUGAGUUCUGUGGCGUUGCUCUGGAGGAGGCUGUCGUCUUCCACCAUCAGGACAAAUGUGACAUGCGUCCUCAGACUGCCCACCCACUGAAUAAUCUAACAAAAACAUCUGUUAAAAAACCAGUGAGCCCAGGUAAAGACGCCUUUGGUCGGAUGUCUCCAGAUUUCCAGAGGACAGUGAAGCACCAAGCUGACUACGCGGAUGAGGACUUUGGAUUCGACAGAGACACCCUACCGGGACAAAACCCAAGGGACUGGCAGAGAGGCUACAUAGGACUACCAAGUCAAAGGAAGAUGUCCAACUGUGAUGCUUCUGUAAAAACCAGACCUCAGCAGGGCAGAGACGCAGAAGGGGCUCAUUCAUCUUUCAGUGACUCUGAGAAGUCUUCCUCUGCUUUUCUAAAGGGAGUACAUCUACCAGAAAAUAAAGAAGGGAGAGGGAACAGAAGAAAUUCAUUGACAAAGUUGCCCAAGAAGCAGAAUGAAGAGCAGCAGGAAGAGUGAGAGCAGGAAUCCAAAAACCAAAUCUCCUUCUCUACUUCUCAUUUAUCUGCCUGCACUCUUUUGAAAAUGAGACAUAUAUAUACCUAUCUGAUAAGUGCCUGUGUGAGUGUUAGUUAUCCUGCAGUUUAUAUUUUGAUGAGUUUCGCUAUAUAAUUCUAAAUAAGUAAUUUGGUUCAUUAAUUCAUAUUCUGCUUUAUUUCAGGAUUUGUUUCAAAUGUUUGUUUGUCUAACAUUUAGCCUUAACAGAUAAAUUAUACAAUGAAUUGUAUUUACGCUGAAUUUGAUUUGAUUCCUGAUUUCUUUUUUGUUACUGUACAAGUUGUGUCAUGGCUCAUUAGGACCACUGAGAACAUCAAACACAGACACAUGACUUUGUCAGUGUGCAUUAGUCUAACUUAAUCUUUACCUUGUUACUUCAGCCAAGGACAUUUCGUUUUCACCCCUGUUUGCCUGUUCUUUCAGGGUCCUUCACAGUGUUCCUGUUGGUUUCUGCAUCUGUAUGUAACCUGAAGCACUUUGAUAGAUUAUUUUGUUUAAAAAAGGGCUUGAGGAACAGAUUUGAUAAAUUUAUGCAUCUUUGACCAUGGAAAAAAAAACUGUAUAAUUGAACAUUUGUCUUUUUAUACUGUUGAACGUUUGUCUUUAAUACUCUUCAGUAAUAUUUUGAUUUUUAAAAUCAUAACUAUAGAAGUAUAUACAUGGUGUUACGAUGAGAUGGCUUUUGAAGCAGUGUCUCCUGUCCAAUCUUCUUUUAAAUAGUAUGAAAAAUGUUGUGUGCUGCUCCUCUGAAUAGGAUUUAAGAUUGAUAAGAUGUAUUUUGUGUUUAACAUAGGGUCCACUUUAGCAAUACAUAUACAUUAGGCAACCUCGUGCCACAGGUGGUUGAGUCCUUUUAACUAAAGAUGUCGCAAGAACAUUUUCCUGAUUAACAUCUGAUCAUCAGGCUCAACCAGUGAGGAGCAAAUAGUGAGUGAUAUCUCCUGGUGUGGUGUUUGGUUGGACUGUAAACGCUCACGGCACACGGCUGACUAUUCCUGUGCUCCUUGUGCUCCUUGUGUUGCGGCUAUUAAAUGUUUAAUGAGGAGAUUCAA